AUGACUUCCAAUAUCUUCUCCCGUCUCAAGUCCCCUACGAGGGAGAGCCGGUCAUUUUACGAACAGCUGCGUUCCCGAGACGAUGACGAAUACGACCCUGGUCUUGAUGAAGAGAAUCUCGGGCACCGUUUUGAUGGCUUCCCGGCCGAAGAGCUCGGUAUUAGCGAUAGCCGCAUGACAGUGGAAAGCGCGGCCGUGGACCCAAAGGGCAAAGGCAGGGCCGUAUCCCAACCUAUGCGAAGUCCUAGUGGGCCGACUCCGAGAUGGCAUUUGAACGACGAUGAGGUCGAUAAUGACGUUCCUGCGUCCCUCUUGGUAGAGCCGAACGAAACCGACAAUAUGCCACCAACGACACCAAGGCGAUCAGGUCGGCCAGCCAACAAUCGGAUCCCAUCAACGGCAGGGCCGUCGUCAGCAAGGUCAAGAGCUCAGUGGGAGGCGGCAACCGCGCAGCAGCCCCUACACCCCGACGACCGUUACGGAACACCCACGGGGCCGCAGCCACUCCCCGUGGCCAGAGGAACGAUAUUGAAUAACCCAAAAGAGAAGGCACUCUGGCGAUGGGUUAACACCUCAAAUCUGGACAGCUUUAUGCGGGACGUUUAUGACUACUACGAAGGGGGCGGGCUGUGGUGCAUAUUGUGUGGUAACGCGCUGUGGAUUCUGGAGACACUCUUCGUCGCGGUGUUACUGACAUUUCUGGGCCAGUGUGUUGAUUAUUCUCAGAUUCCCAAGAGUCGAUCGUUGAGUGAAGUUGUCGUUCCGCAAUGUACACGGAAAAUAUCUGGACUCUGGAGUUUUGGAAUUUGGCUCUACGCCUUCUUCUUUAUCUGGAAGUGUGUGCAGUACUGCGCAGAGAUACCCCGUCUCAUUCACAUCAGGGAGUUUUAUAUUCACCUACUGGAGAUUCCGGAGCAGGAUAUGCAGACAGUAUCCUGGCAAGACGUCGUCGCUCGGAUCAUGGCUUUGCGCGACCAGAACCCGAAGACGGCGAGGAACGUCCCUGCAAGAUUACAGCAGUUUAUUGGCAGUCAGUCCAAGGAGAGGCUGGACGCACACGACAUCGCCAACCGUCUAAUGCGAAAGGAAAACUAUCUCAUCGCCAUGAUUAACAAGGACAUACUGAAUUUGUCCUUGCCAGUUCCGUUCCUACGCGGCCGGCAACUGUUUUCCAAGACAAUGGAGUGGUACCUGCAUUACUGCAUCCUCGACAUGGCCUUUAACGAGCUGGGCCAAGUCCAGCAAGACUUUCUACGUUCAGACCGGAGGCGUUUGCUGAGCCAGAAACUGAAGCAGCGCCUUCUUUUUGCCGGUGUUCUUAACCUUGUGUUUGCGCCAGUUGUCUUGGCCUAUGUCAUGGUUGUCUACUUCUUCACUUAUUACUAUGAAUAUCAAAAGGACCCCAAGCAAGCGGCCGCGCGCAAGUACACAUCUCUCGCAGAGUGGAAGUUUCGCGAGUUCAACGAGCUUCCACACAUCUUCUACGAGAGAUUGCACAUGUCAUAUCCCUUCGCGACUCGAUACAUCGACCAGUUCCCCAAGCGGAUGACGGAAGACAUCGCAAGAAGCAUAGCUUUCAUGUCAGGAGCAAUUACCGCCAUUCUAGCACUUGGAUCUAUUCUGGAUUCCGAGCUUUUCCUCAACUUUGAGAUUACCAAGGACCGACCCGUGCUCUUCUACCUGGGUGUCUUUGGAGCAGUCUGGGCGAUAACGCGUGGUAUGGUAUCCGAGGAAACCUUGGUCUUUAAUCCUGAGUAUGCUCUACGGAAUGUUAUCGAGUACACACACUACAUGCCAGACCACUGGCAGGGCAGACUUCACAGCUUCGAGGUGAAGCAAGAAUUUUCGGAACUCUACAAGAUGAAAGUGGUCAUUUUCCUAGAAGAAGUGAUGGGCAUCAUUACAACACCCAUGCUGCUCCUCUUCUCGCUACCCAAGUGCAGCGACCAAAUCGUCGACUUCUUCCGUGAGUUCACCAUUCAUGUCGAUGGAUUGGGUUAUGUGUGCUCGUUUGCGGUGUUCGACUUUCAGAAAGGCCCUGGCAAUACCGGACAACAAGCAGCUCAUCAGGACGUCCGCGAGGACUAUUACUCCACGAAGCACGGCAAGAUGGCCGCAUCAUACUACGGUUUCAUCGACAACUACGUCAUCAACCCCAAGACGGGAAUUCCAGGACACCUGCCACCUGGUUCUCGGCCACCAUUCCAUCCUCCUCCAGCGUUCCCGGGGCUCAACUCUCCGACGCUGGCGGCAGAUAUGCAGGGCUCGCACAUGGGUCGGGCGGAAACGGGACGGGCUCGAAGUCGGGCCCCUGCCGGGCGAGGACCGCGAGCUGGGCCCGCGAUGCCUCAACCCUCGCCGAUGGCAUCCGUGCUCCUAGAUCAGCAUCACCAGCCUGGGGGGGCCAACACCGCUGCGCGUAGUCUGUACUGGUCAAGGCAUCCACGGGGCGGAUACCGCGGGGAGAGCCAGAUCAUUGAGGAGACAGAAGGCAGCAGCAUGAGACGUCCUGGAGAAGAUGAUGAAUUGUAUGAGCCAGGUGGUAUGCUGGGCGAGUCCACAUGGGAGACGUCCCCGGCGAAAGGGGUGAGCCGGGAGAACAGCGCAGCCAACACAGACGAGGCUGAGGCCGGAGUUCUGGGUCUGAUCUAUCAACUACACCAACCGCAGAGGCCUCGCAGAGGCGGUGGCAUGGUUUGA